AUAUAAGCCUCCAAACCCCGAUAAGCCCGUCCGUCCAACCCAUCCAGGCACCAUGGCCGCUCUAACCCUACCAACCCGGGCAGUACGGGCAGCACCAGCAACAACCCCCACCGACAUCAGCCUUAUCUGGCAAGACGCCAUCCAUCGCUACGAACAACUCACCGACCUGAAAAUCAGCAGUCUGGAACCAGUCACCAAUGUCGAGGGAGUAUUGCGGCAGACGCGGAAAACCGCGUCCCGCUUUCGGCUUCAUCGGCAUGAUAAUGGCAAAUUGGAUAAGCUGCGUACGGUGAUUGGCAAGAGUUUGGGGACUGUGGAGGCUGUUGGGGAAAUUGUUGGCGGGGCCGCAUCACUUGUGGGUGUUGCCUUUGGGUUGGUUGGAGUUUGGCUGAUUGAUUGGAUACGGGUAGGCUUUUGCGCCGAGUACGGUGAUACUUUCUGCGGUGUCUUAUUUGCUCAAGGUAUGACUCAGAAUCAUUUCUCAGUUUCGUAUUUUGUCAGAUAUUGAUAUCCAGUAGACAGCCAAAUCCGUGUCAUCCGACUACGACACCCUCGAUGACUUCUUCAAAGACCUGGAUCAAUAUCUCAGCCAGCUCAAGAUCCUGGAGGGUUAUAUUCCCCCUAUGCCGGAGU